AUGUCGAGCACUGUUAUCAAAUCCUUACCGGAAUCAAUGACUUGUCUGCAAAAUCUACAGACAUUGAAGCUGAAAGAUUGCAGCUACUUCGUAAAUUGCCCAAAGUUAAGAAACCUACAGACUUUAAGCAUCUUUAUUGUGGGUUCGGACCGUGGUCAACAAAUAGGCGAGCUGAAAGAAUUAAAUCUUAGUGGUGAGUUGACCAUCAAGGGACUCCAUAAUGUAAGAGAUUCAGAGGACGCAAGAAGUGCCAACUUAAAGAGGAAGCAGGAUCUUUGUGCUUUGAUAUUGGAUUACGGGGAUAUCAAGACUGACAACUUACUAGAUAAUGAUGAAGAAAUUCUUGAUGGUCUCCAACCUCAUCCAAAUCUAAAGAAGUUGAGCAUAUGGUCGUAUCAAGGCUUGAAGUUUCCUAAUUGGAUGCUAGAUUUGAAUCUGAUUGAAAUCUCUCUAAGAUUGUAA